GCAGCUCGAGAACAGCCACAGAGGGAGAGAGGGAGAGCGAUGGGGAAACUGUGUGUGUGUGUGUGUGCGCGCGCGCUCAUAUGAGUGUGUGUGUGUUUUAAGGAAAAAAGCCCACAGUCCAGUCAGACCCAGCCGGGGAGGCUGUGAGCCGGGCCUUUCGUAACUGCCCCCUCCCCGUGGCCCCCUCCCCCGGGCUCCCCCUUCUCCUGCCCGCCCUCUCUCCCUCCCUCCUUCCUUUGCAGCCGACGAGGCAGCAAUUACGCUUUGGGGAUAAAACGGGGCGCGGAGAGCGGGCUGGGGCAUUUCUCCCCGAGAUGGCGGGUCCGACGGCUGCAGCCCUGCGGCCCGGAGUCCUUCUGCUCCUGCUGUCCACCCUGCACCUGGUACAGCCCGGAGGUGUCCCAGGGGCUGUUCCUGGUGCUGUUCCUGGUGGACUCUUCUAUCCAGGGGCUGGUCUCGGAGGCCUCGGAGUAGGAGCUCUGGGGGCUGGAGCCAAACCGGCCAAGCCAGGUGUUGGAGGGCUUGCAGGCGCUGGUCUUGGCGCAGGGCUAGGCGCCUUUCCUGCGGGUGCCUUCCCAGGGGGUCUGGUGCCUGGUGCAGUGGCUGGCGCUGCUGCAGCCUAUAAAGCUGCCAAGGCUGGUGCGGCCGUGCCCCCGCCUGGAGCAGGAAUUGGAGCUGGAGCCGUGGGGAAACCUGGGAAAGUGCCCGGUGUGGGGCUACCAGGUGUGUACCCAGGUGGAGUGCUCCCAGGCGCAGGAGCUCGGUUCCCUGGUUUGGGGGUGCUCCCUGGAGUCCCCACUGGAGCAGGAGUCAAGCCCAAGGUCCCAGGUGGAGCUGGAGCUUUUGCCGGAAUCCCAGGGGUUGGACCCUUUGGGGUCCAGCAGCCCGGGGUCCCACUGGGAUACCCCAUCAAGGCGCCCAAGCUGCCAGGUGGCUACGGACUGCCCUAUACCACCGGAAAACUGCCUUAUGGCUAUGGGCCUGGAGGAGUGGCUGGUGCAGCAGGCAAGGCUGGGUACCCGACAGGGACAGGGGUUGGCCCCCAGGCUGCAGCUGCAGCAGCUAAAGCAGCCAAAUUCGCAGGUGCUGCAGGAGCCGGAGUUCUCCCUGGCGUUGGUAUUGGAGGGGCUGGUGUUCCCGGCGCCGUUCCUGGGAUUGGAGGCAUUGCAGGGGCUGGGAUUCCCGCUGCUGCUGCUGCUAAGGCAGCCGCCAAGGCAGCCAAGUAUGGAGCUGCUGGAGUUGGAGUCCCAGGUGUUGGAGUCCCAGGUGUUGGAGUCCCAGGUGUUGGAGUCCCAGGUGUUGGAGUCCCAGGUGUUGGAGUCCCAGGUGUUGGAGUCCCAGGUGUUGGAGUUCCAGGUGUUGGAGUCCCAGGUGUUGGGGUCCCAGGUGUUGGAGUCCCAGGUGUUGGGGUCCCAGGUGUUGGGGUUCCAGGCAUCCUAGGUGUACCAGGAGCCUUGUUACCAGCCGAUGCAGCUAAAGCAGCCGCCAAAGCAGCCAAGUACGGGGCCGGAGUUGGAGGCAUUCCCACCUUCGGGGUUGGUCCUGGAGGCUUCCCGGGCUAUGGCGUGGCACCUGGAGUAGGAGCUAUCCCUGGAGCUGUCUCUGCAGCCCAGGCAGCAGCUGCCGCAAAAGCCGCCAAGUUUGGUGCCGGAGCAGCAGGGGCCCUGGGAGGCCUGGUGCCCGGGGCUGGAGUUGCCAUCCCAGGAGUGCCAGGUGCUGGAGUAGUGCCAGGGGUGCCAGCAGCCGCAGCCGCCAAAGCAGCUGCCAAAGCUGCCCAGUUUGGCUUAGUCCCUGGCGUUGGCUUGGGUCCUGGCGUAGGUCCCGGCGUCGUUCCAGGCGUGGUUCCCGGCGUCGUUCCAGGUGUGGGUCCUGUCGUUGGAAUAGGGGCCCCGGCUGCAGCCAAAACUCCUGCUGAGGCAGCCGCCAAAGCCCAAUUCCGGGCUGCAGCUGGACUUGGCGCUGGUGUGCCCGGGUUCGGAGUUGGUGCAGUACCUGGAGCCCUGGCGGCAGGCAAAGCAGCCAAGUAUGGAGCAGGGGCCCUUGGAGGGAUUGGGGAUCUUGGCGGAGUGGGUAUCCCAGGUGGAGUGGCAGCAGCUGGUCCUGCUGCCGCAGCUGCUGCUGCCAAAGCUGCUGCCAAAGCUGCCCAGUUUGGUCUCGGGGUACCCGGUGGGCUCGGAGUAGGAGGAUUGGGAGCCGGACUGGGGGUCGUCCCAGGAGUUGGGGGCUUUGGAGGUGUGGCCCCAGCUGUAGCUGCUAAAGCAGCCAAAUAUGGUGCAGCUGGCCUUGGGGGUGUCCUAGGAGCCGCCGGGCCUUUCCCAGUUGGAGGAGUUGCAGCAAGACCUGGCUUUGGACUGUCUCCCAUUUUCCCAGGUGGGGCCUGCCUGGGAAAAUCCUGUGGCCGGAAAAGAAAGUGAGCUUCCCAGGACCCCUGACUCACGACCUCAUCAACGUUGGUGCUACUGCUUGGUGGAGAAUGUAAA